AUGAAGGCAGCCACAGCCACCUUACUUGUCCUGGCUACCUUCACCCUGUUCUCUUCAGGGAAGAAGUUCAGAUGGUGCACCCUGUCUGACCUGGAGCAGAGGAAGUGUGCUGAGUUAUCUAAAGCACUCCUGGCUGUCCUACCUCUGGCUACAAUCAACUCCUUUGCUAGGGUUUCCUGCAUCAGAGCUCAAAAUACUCAUGACUGUAUCGACAAGAUCAGGGUGAAUAAAGCAGAUGCUGUCUCCUUGGAUGCUGGAGAUGUUUAUUCUGCUGUGAAGUUGUACGGCCUAACUGCGGUGGCAAAGGAGAUCUAUGAGGAAGGAAACUGCGUGUUUGCUGUGGCCAUUGCCAGACGAGGAACUUUGGACAUCCAGAGGUUAAGGGGGGUGCAUAGCUGCCACAAUGGAGCCAGGUGGACAUCAGGCUGGAACAUCCCACUGGGCUUCCUCCUGGCUAGGAAUGAGCUCCUCUGGGAUGAGGAUCAGCCUCUGAGCCAAGUGAUCAGUCAGUAUUUCAAUGCCAGCUGCAUCCCAGGUGUUGGCGUCACCUCCCCUCAGCUCUGUGCUCUCUGUCAAGGACCGAAAUCCUACGUUAGGAACAAGAACCACUUCUGUGAGACCAGCAGCAGUGAGCCCUUCUAUGACUCUGAGGGAGCCUUCAGGUGCUUGAAGAACGGAGUAGCAGAUGUUGCUUUCCUAGAUCACUUAACAAUAAUGAAUGGCACAGAUUCAGACCAAGAGGAAUAUGAGCUCUUGUGUCCUGAUGGAUCCACAGCGAAGCUGAGUGCCUAUGGCACCUGUAACCUGGGUCGUGGGCCUGGGCGUGCCAUCAUCAACCGCCACAACUUCCAGAAGAUCACCAAGAAAUUCCUCACCCUGAUCCAGCAUCUCUUUGGGAAGAAUGGAAAAGAAAGGGCCAAGUUUGAGCUCUUCACUUCAGUGCCAUUCAGGGGGAAGAACCUGCUGUUCCGCGAUGCCACUCAGCACCUGCAGCUGCUCCAGGACAAAGCAGAGAUCUCCCACAUCCUUGGCCUGGACUACGUAGCCCUCUUGAAGGGACUAGGCCAUGAAGGGAGCUCACUGGACAACAGUGUGAUACGCUGGUGCUGCGUCAGCAAUGCUGAGCUCCGCAAGUGUGAAGAGUGGGCCCUGAACAUCAAAUCUGACCCCCUGGUCUGUGUCCAAGCCGCUUCAAUGACUAACUGCAUUGAGUUGAUCAAGAGUAAUGAGGCCGAUGCAGCCACGCUGGAUGCCACGCAUGCCUACAUUGCAGGGAUAUGUGGGCUGGUCUCAGUAGCUGCAGAAUGCUAUGGGGAGGGGUGUGCCCCAGCUGCUGGGAGAACAAAGAAGCUGACCCACCUUGCAGAUAAAGCACUGCCACCUGUCUACGCUGUAGCCCUGGCAAAGAAGAAUGACAGGCAUGUAAAUAUCCAUAACCUGAGGGGACGGCGUUCCUGCCACACUCACCUGUACAGUCCUGGGGGGUGGCUGCUCCUCUCCAGGUACACAGUGGGGGCUCUGGAGAACAACACUGUGAACUGUGAUAUCGGCUCUGCUUACCAGAGUUACUUUUGGAAGGGUUGUAUGCCAGGAGCAGACAGGAACCUAUGCAAAGUCUGUAUUGGAGGUGAUGAGAUGGAAGGGGCGAAAGUGUCCAGCAGGUGUGCUGCGAAUCAUAAUGAACGCUACUAUGGAAACAUGGGUGCGCUCAGGUGUCUAGUCGGCAGUCCCAGUGGAAGGAGCUUUGGGGACGUGGCUUUCCUGGAACAUCAUAACCUGCUCAAGAAUAUUGAGAGUCUGCAAAGCUCAGGUUGGGCUAUGGGUUAUACCCUAAACGACUUUGAGCUGCUGUGUCUGGAUGGAAGGCGUGUCGCAGUCACAGACUGGGCAGACUGUAACCUCGGUCCUGUUCCUCCUAACAUAGUCAUGACUCGACCAGUGACUACCACCAAGAUCUAUGGCUUCCUGAUGAAAUCCCAGGAAACUCUGGAAACAAAUCUGGAUUCUAAGUUCCAUCUAUUUCACUCACAGAAGUAUGGAGAAAGUGAUCUGCUCUUUAAAGAUGCUACUCAGUAUCUUGUUCACACAAGUCACCUGGGCUAUCAGUCAAUUCUUGGAGAGCCCUUCUUUCAGCUGGCAGAAUCUGUGUUUAACUGCACACAUGCAGACAUCUUAGAAUUCUGCAAACAGGAUAUCUGCACAUCUUAG